AUAAUAUGAUCGUAUCAUAUACUACUUACCAACACCUUCUCUCUCAUUAGUUUGUGGAUCAGUAACACACACAGAGAUGAGUGCUCUCUCUAACUCCGGUGGUGGUGGCCACGACAACUCCUUCCUCAAGAUACCCACCAUCAACUUUACCAAGCUCUUUAUCAAUGGACAUUUUGUUCAUUCCAUAUCAGGAAGAACAUUUGAGACUAUAGAUCCAAGAACAGAGGAGGUAAUUGCAAGAGUUAGUGAAGGAGAUAAAGAAGACAUAGAUAUUGCUGUUAAAGCUGCACGUGAGGCAUUUGAUUCAGGUCCAUGGCCUCGCUUGCCCGGCUCUGAAAGGGCAAAAAUUCUGAUGAAAUGGGCAGAGCUAAUUGAAGAAAACAUAGAGGAACUAGCGGCAUUAGACACAAUUGAUGGUGGAAAGCUGCAUUUUUUUAAUAAGGCUGUGGAAAUUCCUUCAGCUACAAAUGCGCUACGUUACUAUGCGGGUGCUGCUGAUAAAAUUCACGGCGAUGUACUAAAAAUGAACGGGGAGUUCCAUGCGUAUACACUGUUGGAACCAGUUGGUGUGGUGGGACACAUAAUCCCAUGGAAUGCCCCUUCCCUCACCUUUUUCAUCAAGGUUAGCCCUUCCUUAGCCGCAGGUUGCACCAUGGUCCUCAAGCCUGCUGAACAAACACCUCUCUCUGCUUUGUUUUAUGCUCAUCUAGCUAAGUUGGCUGGAAUCCCAGAUGGAGUGCUCAAUGUAGUGCCCGGAUUUGGACCAACUGCUGGAGCAGCAAUAAGCUCACACAUGGACAUAGAUGCGGUCAGUUUUACUGGUUCAAUUGAAGUUGGGCGUGAAGUGAUGCAAGCUGCAGCUAGGAGCAAUUUAAAACCGGUUUCACUUGAAUUAGGAGGCAAGUCUCCUCUCAUUAUUUUUGAUGAUGCGGAUAUAGACAAAGCUGCUGAGCUUGCUCUCUUUGGCAUCCUUUUUAACAAGGGAGAAGUUUGUGUUGCAAGUUCUCGUGUGUUCGUCCAAGAAGGGAUCUACGAUGAAUUUGAGAAGAAGUUGGUGGAGAAGGCAAAAUCUUGGGUCGUUGGGGAUCCUUUUGAUCCCAAAUCGCAGCAAGGGCCUCAGGCUGACAAGAACCAAUUGGAGCAAAUACUUUCGUAUAUUGAGCAUGGAAAGAAAGAAGGAGCCACCCUUUUGACCGGAGGUAAUAAAGUUGGCAACAAAGGUUACUACAUUCAACCUACAAUUUUCUCUAAUGUAAAGGAGAACAUGAUUAUAGCACAAGAUGAAAUAUUUGGCCCAGUACUGUCGCUGAUGAAAUUUAAGACAAUGGAAGAAGCAAUUAAAAGUGCUAAUAAUACAAAGUAUGGCCUGGCGGCAGGGAUUGUGACAAAAAAUAUUGAUAGAGCAAACACAGUGUCAAGGUCCAUUCGUGCAGGGGUUGUUUGGAUAAACUGUUAUUUUACUAUAGGGAGUGAUGUUCCUUUUGGAGGGUAUAAGAUGAGUGGAUUUGGAAGAGAUUUGGGAAUGGAGGCCCUUCACAAGUACUUACAAGUUAAAUCUGUUGUUACACCCAUUCACAAUUCUCCUUGGCUUUGAACAUGAAGCUUUGAUGUAUGAGCGAAAAUGUAUGUCUUUUUUUUUUCUUUUUUCUUUUUUCUGGAAUAAAUUGUGUUUUCGUAUUCCUAAUGGUGUGUGGCUUGAAAAUACUUUGUUUCAUUACCACAUUAUUUCAUUAAUGAAAUCAUUAAAAUCGAUUUAGUGGUUGAAA